UGUGUAUAGUCAAAGUCUCUCCAAGACUAAUGUACCUAGCACUGGUAUAGAGGUAAACAAACCGUGUUUACUUUUGACCCCUACCAUGUGUGUGUAUACAUAAUUGUGUACCCGGAAGGCAUUAGUAAUUUGUUAGUCAGGCCUAGGAAAACAAACAUUGAUCACGUUCUCUGAAAACGUAGCUUAUGGUGGUUGACAGCUUGCAGUUGGCUUAUCAGAGGUCGAAGGUCAGUCCUAGAGGGCACAUUCUUAACACAUAUGUAUACCAGCACGAUGUAAUUAUCAGUUGAAAUAGAAGUGGUGAAGUGGUCGAGACAGGUGGGUGGUGACCUCCAACAAACCAGGCAUGGAAGGUCAAACAGAGGUCAAGACAACUGACCUUGAACCUAGUACAGAGGCCGGAGAAGGAAGUUCAGAACUUAUCUCCCCUGACGCUUCUCACCAAGGUCAUAUCGAGGUUAAUUGUGAAAUUAAAGAUCCAAAUCUUGUCUCGGUUGAACAGGUCAGUGAAUCAGAAGCUCAUGUAGAGUUCACAGGUGAGCCUGUGGAUCCGAACCUGGAUUCCCUGGAGCAGGAACCAAAAGAGCAUGUACAACCACCAAACCAAGAAAAACCAGAUUGUAAAGAAGUGCCCAAUACAGUCACCAAACCUUCUGAUGUAGGGUCAGAGGCUGUAACAGAGACUGUUGUCCCUGGAUCUGAACUCUUUGAUGACAGGUUAAAGGAGACGAGCUUAGAGGUCACAUUCCCUGACCCCUCAUGGCGGGGGUUAGUGUUCAAGGGUGUGUCAGUUACCCUGGGCGAUACUUCCAAUCUACAGGAUGUGUCUGGAAUGUCAGGGGAGGGCAAGCUUCUUGCCAUUAUGGGUCCAAGUGGAGCUGGAAAAACCACCCUCCUGAACACCUUAUCAGGGCGGUUACCCGUGACAACAGGGCAGAUUUCUUUGAAUGGAAUACAUAUCUCGAAGAAAACUAAACGGAAAAUUUGUUAUGUAUUACAAGAAGAUAUUUUCUUCCCAUGUCUGACACUCAGGGAUACUCUUACUUUUGCAGCAUCCAUCCGUCUACCAGAUACACUGUCACAUGACCAGAAGAUGUCGCGCCUGGAUGAGAUUAUUGACUCCCUAGAACUUCGUAAAUGCCUGGAUACGCCAAUGGGAGGUCCCAUGAUGCCUGGCCUUUCUGGAGGGGAGAGGAAACGGGCCAACAUCGCUUGUGAGCUGCUGACAGAUCCCUCGCUCAUUCUCCUGGAUGAACCAACGACUGGCCUGGAUUCCAGUAGUGCGGCCAACCUGAUGAAGACUAUGAAGAAUUAUGCGACCUCCCACAGCAAAGUGAUCGUCGCCACUAUCCACCAACCCUCCAGCACCCUGUUCUAUUCAUUUGAUAACCUCCUCCUAUUGUGUGGGGGACAGACUGCCUACUAUGGGCUCACAGCAGACGUUGUCCAGUAUUUCCGCAGCAUCCAUUUUCCUGUUCAGCCUGGUUUUAAUCCGGCAGAUUUUAUCUUGGAUAAAAUGAAAAACAGUACGAUAGUCCAACAGCAAAUAAUUGAAUCUUGCAAGGACUUAAGACGGUCAGAAAAAUGGCCACAAGUGUUACGAGGAAAAGCUCAGGAUAACAUGUACCUGGAGGAGGAUGAGCCAGAAUCACUGAGCAUGCUGAAGAGGUUUCCUUCUCCAGAUACAAAAAAGAAAUACAGAUCGCUGUGGACCAGGUGGUUCUCAAAGGGAGCCAGCAAAACAGAAGGUGACGUAGGAGCUAGCCUGAUGGACUUGGAGGAGAAUGUGGUGGACAGUAACACGCCCAAGUUCCUUACGUCUUUCUUUACACAGUACAAACACCUUACGAUCAGAACUUUCAAGCAAUCUAGGCCAAGAAUCCUUGACAAACUGAAACUUCUGGAAAAUGUUGUUAUCUGUGCCGUUUUCAGUCUCAUUUGGUUUCAGCUGCCACGGACUGAAGAUACACUUAGGGACAGGAUGGGUGCAAUUUUCUUCAUUGCUAUACACUGGGGUUUCAUGCCAUUUUUUGAUGCCACAAGUUCAUUCCCCAUGGAACAGGUGGUGAUCUACAAGGAGAGAGCCAGUGGGUGGUACCGCCUCUCUGCCUAUUACCUAGCCAAGAUGACAAGUGAACUCCCACUUAUAUUUGCCCAGCCAUUGUUUUUCCUUGUGGUGGCCUACUGGGUGGUUGGAUUUAAUGGUGCUGUGGCUUUCUUUGCCACCAUCGGGACAGUGUUUAUAAAUUCAUUAGCUGGACAGAGUAUCGGUCUGUUUCUGGGAAUCCUAAGUAAAGAAAUGAGACAGGCCAUCACCAUGUCAAUGCUCGUUCAGAUGUCUAUCAUGUUGCUUGGUGGACUUUUUACCAGGAACCUACCGUUCUGGUUAGACUGGCUUAAGUACCUGUCCUUCCUACAUUACUCAUUUCACUGCCUCAUGGUCAUUGAGUUCCAGAAUGGCCCUCCUAUACAGUGCUCCAGCAACCGUAACAUGUCUAUCUUUGUUGGAUGCCAGGACCCUAAUACAACUUCCGUGCCGUCACAUCUUGCCUUAGAAUACUUUGAUGUCACUUGGGAUUUCUGGCAGUAUUUUAUACAGCUCUUCACAUUUAUUAUAUUUUUUCGUAUCCUAGGAUACUUGAUGUUGCGCUUUGUCAACAAACCAGAUUAGUUUAUAGGUAUUGGGAACUGUGUCCUAAAGAUUGCUUUAUGUACAUAGAAAUGGGAAAUAUUAUUUGUUCUACAUGUAAAGACGGUAUCAUAUUAUUCAAGCAUCCUAUGUAAAAUAAGCAUCAGAGUUACCUCCCUUUGGAGUAAUUUGGAGUAAAAGCAAAUAAUCCCAGAGAGAGAGAGAGAGAGAGAGAGAGAGGAAAUUUUACCUGAGACCAAUCAAAUAGCUAGCUGUGUACCUUCAAUUUUGCUAUGACAUGUUCCGGGGAUGCAGAGAGCAAAUGUGAGUGUAACCCCAGGAGUAGCAAGGAUAGUUUUUGAGUUGCUGUCUGAAACAUGAAAUUCACUAUCUAUUUUGCAUAUUAGGGUGUUGAUGCAUGACAAGGCCAAAUUAAUGUAAUAAUGAUAUACAGUCAAACCUGUUUGAGAGGCUCCUCUAUCAAGAAAUUGCCUGUGUUAAUUAGGAAACUACUUCUAAUAUUACCUGUUACAGUGAUCUUUUGUAAACUGACACCUUUAUCAAUUAAGAGACCAUACACUAGGAGGCAAAAUUAUAGACUUCCUGAGAGGUGGUCUAUAAAAACAGAUUUGAUUCUGUUUUAUCCUUUACCAAUGCUGUGCCUUGUAUGUGCAUGUUUCAGAAAUCAAACUAGUUUCAUUAUAUAUUUUGAUUUUUUUUAUCACAAUGCUGUACAGUUAAAUAAUUUGUCAAUAACCAAGCUCAAUACUCAUGUUAUUUAUUUAUUAUGUAAGUUUUUCUUCAUAUGAUCACAGGGUGAUGAUCACAGGGUGAGAACUGAAUUUGAUACUGAAUGGUUGUAUAUAUAUCCUUUAUACAGAUAUUUUACUGUACUUUACUUUAUUUUUGGGAGCAUUUAUUUUCCGGAAGUCAUAAUCAUUAUUGAUAAAUCAGUGUUGUGAGGAUGAAGUUUAUUUGUAUGCUACAUAAAUAUGUACUAUGUGAAUUUUUCAGGAGCAAUAGAUUAAUGAUCCAAUCAAUACAGUGCAUAUUGCAAUAUGUUACAUAUUUUUGUAAACUUAUCAAGAUUUGUUUAUGCCAGUAUUUUUUAUAGCAAGGAUAUAUUAAGCUGCUUGCCCUUUCUUGACCAUUAUGAUGCAUAUUUGUUUGUCAUUGUGGUAUACUUGUCACGCAAUUAUAAACUACUUCAUAUAAACUUUGGUUUAGUUCAUGUAUAACCCACAAGGGGUUUGAAUUUUUAAUUGUCUUCACUUUCUCAUCAUUUUUAUGAUGUUCACGUAAACAUUUGUUUGUAUUAUUUUCAAACUUUUUUUUUAUCUUUUAUAACUUUUUAUCUAAUAAAGUCAAUAUCAAUAUAUCAUAUGAUAAAUUAUAACAUUGCUCCUUUCUUCAUGUGUUGAAUAUUUGUAAGCCAUACUCAUACCAGACACUUACAUUUACGAAAAGAAUAUAUGUAUCAUGCAUGCUUACAUUACGAAAAGAAUAUAUGUAUCAUGCAUGCUCACAGUAUGAAAGAGAGGUCAUAGACUGUGAGUGCAUGUAUCAUAUGCAUGCACGUUUAUAUUUUAUGAAAGAAACAUCACUGUGCACUACCAACCUUUUACAUUCAGGCAUUUUAUGAUUGAAAGCACAAAUUUUAAUCAACUAAUGUGACAACUUUUAUAAGCAUAUAUUAUUAAAUGUUUUUUUACAGUUUUAGUGAUAUUUCUACAAGUAUAAGAAUAUCAACAUUCUCUUGAUGUAUACCAUAAAAUAUACUACAUUGUAUAAACAAUUGGUUUCCUAAAUUUAAGUUCAAGUUUGACGUGUUCCAUUUUUGUGAAUGUCUAUUUUUAAAGUGUUGUUUGAUUCACAAUGACUUUAUUUGUCGAUGGGCCAUUAUACAAUACAAAAACAUACAAAACAAAGUAUACUCUACUCCCUGUGUUCCAUUUUACAAAAUAUUUUUUACAAUAUUGUUGACGACCUACAUCUUGUUGUUUUUGUUCUACCAGAGGGACUAUGUUUGCACUUCAUCCAUCAAUAUGUGUGUGAAAUCUAAAAGACAAAUAUAAACAUUCCUCAACACUUAUUGGAAGUCGGUUCUUUACCCCUGCAUUACGAGUGUCACUUUAUCAGGGGGCAUAUCUGAAAGACUCUUGCCCUUACUAAUGCAAAUCUCUUUGAGACUCUCUGGAAAUCUUGGCAUCGUUUUUCCAGCCUUGACUUGCUUCAUCACCCGUUUUAACCGUUUCUGUUACCUUUGUAAUGGUUGUAUAAGCAACUGAGUGGUUAUUCCAGCACUGAUCUUGCAGUUUUAUUUUCACCAAAUUUUAGAAGCAUUUACUUUCUGUAUUUUUGUUAUUGGGUGUAUUUAAUUAUAAUUUACUCUAUCAUCUUUAUGUUGUCAAGUUUGCUAAUUAUUUUUUUAAUUUUGUUAUCAUGUGCAAGUCUAUUAUUUAUUUUAAUUAAACCUGUAAUUGGCAUUACAGCAACUUUAUAACUGAAUCAUCAUUGGGAACUUGUAUGCCUUACUUUGAAACCAUAACCAUUAAUUACCAAGGGUCAAAGCAGACUCAAAGUUUUUUGGACAUUAGAGGAAAUUGUCUCCAUACCAUAUUUAUCUGGCAAUGAGCCCAUGUCUGGAGAUAAGCCCACCCAUAUCUUUUGCAGGUAAGGAAAAAAACAUCAAAUGCUUUUAAACUGUCCUUCUAUAGGGGCAAGCAUCCCUUUCUAUUUAUUGUUUUUAUCUUUCACUUUGGUGCCACAGGGUAAUUUUUUAUGAAAAUAUUAACUUAUUUCUUCAGGCGAGAAGGUAGAUUAAAAGGAUGAGCAUACAAUAUAUGGACAAUUGUCAUUAGAAUUGUGUUAACAUCUUUUCAAGUAACAUUUGUUAAUUCAUUAAUGGAUUAAAUAGUACCUCUCGUUCAAAACACUACGGGUAAAAGUCAUUUUUGGAAAACUAUUUAUGGUAAUUGAUAACCUUGACACUAUAUAGCAGCCUGUUGUUAAUCAAAACACAAUUUACCUUCAAUGUGUAUAUGUUUGUUUUAUUAAGUUCAGAAAUUGAAUUCUCUUAUACAAACUUGAGAGUAAACUUCUCAUCAAAUCAAAUUUGACUUUUAUCUAUAGAGCUUUGUCGGAGGCAUUUAAGAUUAUGCCAUUCACAUAACUUGAAUAGUUGUUCGAGGUAUCAGAGUUGUUUGUAUACACUGUUCACCUCUUGUUUUAAUUGUUCAUUUGUUCAAAACUAUAUGUGAAUGUUAUCCUUACAAAAUUCCAGUCUUUCUCUGAAAAGUCUCUAUUCCCAUUGUGCAUUAUGUUUCCCUUGUGCAUUAAGAUGUUCAAUUUUAAAAUUCAUUUUUUUUUCUUUUUUGUUAUUUUUUUGUUAUUUUCUUUAUAAUUUUAUAUAUUGGUAUAUACAGAAAGGUUAAUAAAGAAAUAAAGUUUCACUUCUCGUCCAUAACACUUGUCAGAGACAUUUAAAAACAUUCCUUUCACAUGACUUAAACAGUUGUCCGAGAUAUCAGAGAGUUGUUUGUACGGUCAUUUAUUCAAAUCCUUACAUGAAUGUUAUCCUGACAAACAUUCCAGUAUUUCUCUGAAUAAAUUCAUUUUCUUUUGCGCAUUAAGACGUUCAAAUUCCGAAUUCAACAUUUGAACUUUUUGUUAAUAUUUUAUUUCUUACAAAGUUGUGCUUUUGUUGCAUAUUUAUAAUUUUAUGUAUGAAUAUAUACGGAGAGGCUAAUAAAGAAAUGAAGAAAUACAAAAAAUGUGAUUAAUUACUUUUUUCUUUAUUUGGUAGCCAGAGCACCUAGCCAUCUUGAUUUCAAUACUGUAUACUGGGAAACCUUCGCCCAGUCCAACUUUUUGCCCUUCACCGGUAUGAUCUGUAUUCGCCCACUGUUAAUUUCGCCCUUCAUUCGUAAUGACUACGAUACACUUUUGCUAUUGUGAUAAAUUCAGCCUCGAUGCUGAGGGCGAAAAAGGCGAAAGUUAAACUGUCACGAGAAUUUACCAGUAUACUGUAUGUACAUAUACAUUGUAUAAGCAAAACGAAUUCAAGAAAUCUACAUAAAUACAACAAACAAGAUUUAAAAGGCAUAAUAAUUUUUCCCUAAAAUACCUAAUACAGAUUACUAAGUCUGACCUUAUUUAAUAAACGAACAACUGUGGUCCGACCGGUUCAACCAUUUAAACGAAAACGGCCCUACAUUUCUAUGGGACAAAUGGGCAAGCCACUAUUUAUCUCACAUAGACUGGAUCAGGUAUACAACUGUAACUAAAUUAGAUCAUACAAAUAUACACACAAAACAUGACAUCAUUUUGUGUGCCACAAUUGAUAAAUUGAAGAAAAUGGAACAUGAUACAACAUAAAAUUAAGUCCAAUUUUGAUUUCUUGAAAACUUGUUUAAUAAAAUUUCACUACAUGUAUCGUGUUACAGGGUAUGAAUAAUACAUAGUUAAAAGAUUUCAACAAUAAACUUUUUUUCCCACAAUAAAUUUGAAGUGCUAAAUUAUGGUCAGGUUUCUAUGGAAAUUACACUAGAGAUAUUGAUAAAAUGUCCAUUUCUCUAACGUCGGUAUUCAACUUUUGUAACGUAACAAUUUUGGAUAAUUUUUAGAGGGUCCCCCCCUCUCCCAUCUUUUCAGAUCCUGUAAUGCACAUUUGCAUUAUUUGCAAUGAGAUGAAUUCCUACAUAUAAAUGGGAGAUUUAAUAGUAUUUAAUUCCUAAAUACUCAUUUGCAUAAAAUGCUCAUUCUUACGGAGAAAAGAAACCCCAGUAAAUUUUAUGAUCUAAAGUACUCUAGAUCCUCUAGAUCUACACUAUGUUUUCUAUAAAAAAUGCCGUAAUUUUAAAUAUCAGUUUUAAUAUCAUGAGUUUAACUUAGAUCUAUUUGAAAAUGAACAAGAAGUCAAUAAGUAUCAAUUGCUCACCUGCUUUGGAUAUUGACCUAAGUGAAAAUGAUAAUUUUCAACACAUUUAACCCUUGUGACCUUCAAAUUGGGUCGAGGUCAUUUAUUUGAAUAAAAUUGAUAGCCCUCUAUCCAAGCAAGCUACAGGCUCUGAUGCCUCUAGGUCUUGUGGUUCAAAAGUUGAUUUGAACAUUUUAUAUCUUUGACCCUGGACUCUCAGUCUCUGCUAAAGUCAUUUCAAGUUUUAAACAUAUUUGAAUUCUACGACCUUCAAAAUGGCAGUCGCCACCUAAGCAUGAUAAAGACCACAUUAACAUCACUCUAAGCCUUACAGAAUUACUGUGAAAAGUUAACUACAGUUGCUUGUGCUGGAUACCGUACAACAGACACCAAUCAUUGGUGAAGCCUUCACUACAGGGGCCAGACACAGCCUUCACUACAGGGGCCAGACACAGCCUUCGCUACAGGGGCCAGACACAGCCUUCGCUAUAGGGGCCAGACACAGCCUUUACUACAGGGGCCAGACACAGUCUUCACUACAGGGGCCAGACACAGUCUUCACUACAGGGGCCAGACACAGUCUUCACUACAGGGGCCAGACACAGCCUUCACUAUAGGGGCCAGACACAGCCUUCACUACAGGGGCCAGACACAGCCUUCACUACAGGGGCCAGACACAGCCUUGACUAUAGGGGCCUGACACAGCCUUCACUACAGGGGCCAGACACGGAUCAUGUUGGACAUGUGCAAGUCUAGUAGAUCUAUACAGGUAUAUCAUGAUCCCCUAGACUUGCACAUGCCCCACAUAUUCCCCCUGUCCAAUCCCUGUGACUAGGACUAUGUGCAAGGUGAGCUAAUAAGUAAAAUAUGUUAGAAUGGAAAGCAAUGAAUUACAUUCAACAAUACUAAAUUAUUUGAGGACAAAUGUACUGGUAUACAUAAAGGUGGUAUUAUUAGAUACUUAUGGUAACAAAAUAAUUAUAUGAUCAACAUAAUUUAAUAGUAGGAAAUUAUUAAAGAGGCAUUGCCUCAAACACAUAAUUCAAUAGUAUCAUUAUCUACUGAAUGGUAUAUUCUUUCAAUUUAAAUAGCUUCUCAACGAAGCCUUUUAUUAUAACAAUAUGAUAUUUAUAUUCAGAUUUAUCCAUUAAUUAUGUUCCCACUAUUUAAUGGGGUGGGGUUGGACUAUAUAGUGUACCCUAUGUCAAGGCACAACACACAUGGUGUGGAUAUACGUUGUAUUUGGAUUAUUCAAGGUUUGGUUUAGACAUUGUAUUGUAUGAGUAUUUACAACAGUUUAAAUCUGUAUACUACUAUGUUUUUAAAACAUAAGUAUUACCCUGUUACCACUUUGAUGAAAAUGAAGCUAAACGCAAAGUCUAACCAAAGUCAGCAGGCAGAAAAUAUAGGCCUCAGUGACCUACAUUAAUGCAAAGACUAAUUGAUGUGUCAUACAGAUGAAUGGAAUGACAUUAAGGCAAAUGUUUCAUGCCCAGUCAAGGUGAAUAGGCAACUUUUCUGUACAAACUUCAAUUUUUUUUUUACAACAAUUAUGAAACAAGUUUUUUCAAUAUUUAUUAAUCACUCUCGUUGGCUCCGAUGUUAGCGUGCGCGGGUAUUCAUGCUGGAGGAAACCGGAGUACCUGGAGAAUAACCAUGUGUUUGGGCAGGGUUCCCCAAAACCUUUUCACAUCCGAUACGGUCCGGGCCGCCUUGGUGAAAGGCAAGUGCGCUAUCCAGUGCACCCAACUAUUUUGUCCCAAACAGUAACCUAGUGCUCUGCUACAUAAACAACAAGGCUUAUUAAUACCUUGAUAACAAAAUCAUCUCAUCAAGUAAAAAAAACACAUAAAUGCAUUAACACCAUUCAGCUAUCAAAAACUACCUCCAUUCCCUUCAUUUCAAGAUGAUAUAUGUAAGGCCAUAAUUUUAUAUUAUACUUUAUUUUAUUUUACAAACUACAGUAAUUUUGUCCCUGUCAGAUUAAAAGUAUAAAUUCUGAUAUUCUACGCAAUGCUUAUUACGAGACAUGCGCUUAUUGCUUAUUGUUAAAAUCAAAGCAAUGCUUUGCUGAUAACAGCUGAAAAUAAUACGGGAACAAUGUCACAACAAAUUAAAUGCAAUAGCAUUACCAAACUGAGCCAACAUGGGGUAAAACAAAUGGACCAUGGUCUGCAAACUUGGGCUCAAAUAUAAAAGACCAUGACUUAAUACAUGGGUCGAUAUGGAAGUAUCUGAUUAAUAACCCCAUGUUGUGUGUACAAAACGGUAUACAAAUAGAUUAACACAUAUCAUAUAUAACUCUAAGUAAUCAAUAUAUGUGACUACUGUAUACAUCC